UCCCGGUGGAGAAGAGAGUGGCCCUAACUAUUUGGUGGCUCUCAAGCCCUCUGAUGUAUAGGAAGGCGGCUUCCCGUUUUGAGGUUGGAAUAUCCACAGCUGCAGAAAUUGCCAUCGAGGUGUGCCUUGCUAUGGAGAAGCUGCUGCUGAGGAAAACUAUCCAGCUUGGAAACUACCAAACGAUUAUGGAUGGAUUUCAGAGACUUGGAUUCCCACACUGCAUAGGAGCUAUUGAUGGCACUCAUAUUUCUGUUUGCCCACCGCUGGGACGCAGAGAGGAAUACAUCAACCGCAAGCAGGGAUUUUCAAUUGUUCUGCAAGCAACUACAGACCACAGUGGAAGGCUUAUCGACAUAGAAGUAGGGAAUUGUGGGAGAUCUCACGAUAGCCACAUAUUUAAAAAUUCCGCUAUCUGUGAAGUGAUGGAUGAAGGCUGUUUUGUGCCUGGAAAUCCCACCCUGCAUGUCCACGAUGUAGCCAUUCCACCACUGAUUAUAGGGGAUGGUGCCUACCCAAUCAGGAAAUGGCUAAUGACACCAUAUCGUGGAGAAUUAACACCUGACAAACUUGCUUAUAACACUGCCCAUUGUAAGGCAAGGUGCGUGGUGGAGAGAUGUUUUGCGCGAUUGAAAUCUAGGUGGGGUUGUCUUUCUGGUAGACUAACUGUGAAAGAGGAAAAUUUUAUCUCUGUGGUUACAGCAUGUGCCAUCCUGCACAAUAUUUGUGAGACGAGGGGAGAAGUCCUUGAUCCCGAUGUUGAACCACCUGCGAAAAUUGUCCUCCCAGCUUUCUCAAAUAACAUCAGAGGACACUCUACCGAUCACAAAAAAGAGGGUCAAACUGUUAGAUCUGCAGUAACUAGCAUUAUUUUGGGUCGGUAACACCAGAAACUGACAUUAUUUGAUGUUUUAUAACAUCACCUCGGUUAUGCCAACAGCAUUGAUCUGUUCAAAACGUUUUUUCUUGGUUUACCUUUGUAUCAAUCUAUUAAUGUUGAAAUACAUGUGUUUGACAAGGUGUCUUGUACAACAUGUGAAUAACUUUACAAGACGGCAAUGUUGAAUCACGGUUGUUUAGAAUCUUUUUUCUUUUAACUUUUUUUUUCCAAUCAGGUUCUGCUGGUGGUGUAUAUAUUAUUGUGGGGUAUAAAUACCCGACUGUUAUAGAUUAGUUUCAUUGUUUACCCAAAUUUUGGAAAUCUAUUUUGUAGUGUUAAACAAUUGCUAUAUUGAUGUUUCAAAUAUCAUUUUUGGGAAUAUAGGAAAACAAUGGUGU